CUGUCCCAAUCAGAUUAUUGAAACUCUUCAGGAGGCAUUUGAUUUGUGGGAUGAAUUCUGGAGAAAAUUUUAGAAAUUUAUAACAAAGUUAUGAAGUAUCUGUUCAAGGUAACUGGUGUAUACCAGUUCCCAAUUUUUAUUCAGCAACUGAUAAAACUAAAUGUUGGUGAAAAAAUUGGAUCUUAGAGUAAGUAGGUGAUACUUGGCAAUGUGUCUGUCAGAGCAUGAUCAGUGGAGUGUACAGACACUGUGUCUCUCUAUGUGAAUGGAGAGGUAGCUAUGUGUUUUAUAAUGCCUAGGCUGAAGUAAAUUGGGGCAACUUGAUUCCAAGACAUUACGGGCAUAGAUAAACCAACCACAAAUCAUUUUGGGGACCUAAGUUUUCAGAUCACAUUGUUUCCACUCCUAUUAUUUGACGACUUCUAUUUUCGUGCUGUAGGGGUCCUCUUUGGAGACAAAGCAGUAUGUGUAUAGGGAGACAUAUAGAACUAAUAGUUGGAUUUAUAACAGCAUAUACAGAUUAACAUGUGGAAAUCCAAUUUUGUGUGUGUAUUUUCUACUUAGAUUUACCAGAGGGAACUAAAAAUGGGUUAUACACAGAAGUCUGUGGAAGUUGAUGUGUUUGAACUACAGGAUUGGGCCUCUGGCGGGAUAAAGGGGAAAAAACAAGGGAGGCCAGAAAAAGAAAAAACAGAAAAUUGUAUUUAAAAUAAGGGAAUAAUUAAAACCGUUUUUAAAGUGGUAAUAACAUGUUGAUCAAAGAUGGAGUUUGGAAUCUGAGAGACAGAGCAGUACAUAAUGAAGAUGUUUUUUACAUAUAGAAGUUAUGCAGGUACAGGUAAAUCAAUACAAUUAUUGAGUAUGUUUACAGUGUUGUGCUUGCACUCCUGCAACCCUGGGCAGUGAAGUGCAGAAAGGUUACUUGACAGGUCAAUUCAUGGAGCAAUGUGGGAUACUAGCAGAAAACUACUUGCACUGUCACAGAGCUGCCCUUUUUAUUUAUUUUAUUUUAUUUUAAGCAUAGCAAAUAUAUUGAUUUAACUAUGGAAAUCUAUUGAUGGGAGACAGAUGUGUGGACGCACGCCUGCUCCCACUGAAAUAAGCAGCUAUAUCACAGUAUAAUUUUUGUGUGUAGAUCAGGUCUAGGUGAAGACACUGACUGAGGCAAUGAAUGGAGGAAUUGAGCUAGAGCUGGAGGUAAUUAGGAAGUUAUAGAAAGGAAACAAAAGUCAGAGGAAUCAUGGAACUUGAAAUCACCCAUGGCAAUAUUAAUGGAAUGGAAUAAAUGGAAGAGUGAGAGCCAGGCAACUGCCAAGAGGAGCCAAAAGGACAAUAGAUGACAGCCACACACUGGGAACAGGGAGAGAAGAGAGAGAUUAAGGCCUUAUCUAAACACAUUUGUUAAACCAGGACCAACACCUGUGUGGGCUAAAGUUGCCACCUAUCUGGGUUUUACUUGGACAGUCCGUUUUUUGGCUUCUAUGUCCAGGUGCCAUUUAGGGGUGCCAGGUGCCCGGUUUUCGACCAGAAAGUCCAGUUGAAAAGGGGACCUAGCUACCCUAAACAAUGGCAUCCAAACCAAAAGUCUGGUUACUGCAGGGCCAGAAGAGGCGCCAGGUCAAUAACCUGUGUCAGCCCCUGCUCAGCUGGGGCUAUCUCCUACCUGCAGGCAGGCUCCUGGAGAGGAUCAAGCGAGCAACUGGAGUAGGUAGGGAAAGGCACAAGUGACAAGGAUGGACCUUGGGGGAAGGGGAUGGAGCCUCGUGGAGGGAGUGGAGCCUCUGGGAGGAGGCAGAGCCGAGGGUGGGGUCUUAGGGGCCUAGAAAGGUGGCAACCUUAGUGUGGGCACUCUUAUUUCAGGUGAAGAGUGUGGCUUAUUUUGGUUUAGCUUAAAUAAAUCCUUAACAUAUUUAAAAUAAACUGAAAUUGUCCACACAGUCUCUUGCACCAGUUUAACUGUAUGGGUUUAAAAUAACAGUAGGGAGGAGCUAGAAAUAGGAGACAGAUCCACAAAAAAGAAGGCAGAAAGGGAAAGUCUAAGGAAUAGAGACAGGUUUUUCUUAGAACAGGGAGGUAAAGGGACAUGACACAGGUUUUGGAUCAAGGUCAGCUUCUAAGAUCUGAAACGGGAGCUGCAGAGUAGCAGUGGAGAUGGGAGAACAGGAAAUGGGGAAAGAGGUGCCUAUUUUGGCCACGCCUACUUUCCACCCCCCUCUUCCCUUUUUCAAAUGUCACUGUGCUUAGCUUUCUCCCCAGAUAGUUUAACAAACCUGAACUCCGUUGAUAUUUGUGUAGGGUCUUCACCACUCCAGCAAGGGCCAAAUUAUAUGCUAGGAUUUGAAGAGCCCAGGGGCACAUGCGCUCCACCCAAGGCAUAGGUGAAAACUUAGGAAAAAAUAUUCCUUGUCUGCCUUUUCUCCUCGUUCUGUGUGUUUCCAUGAAGCUAGAGAGGCGCUGUCACUUCCAAACCAUGCCAUUUUGCCGGAAUCAGGGGCUUGUUUUUACCACUAACGGGGGAGGAGGGGAAUGUACUUUUGACACAGCACAUGGGGUGGUUGGCAGUCACUGCUGGCAUGGCGGUGGGGCCCGGCCGAGCCUGGGACUCCUGUGGUGACACUAACACACACGCCUGCCCUGGAAAGCUGCACGGCCUCCCCCACCGCCAAUGCGCAGCCCUGGGGCAGCAGCCGGGCACCCUCACGGCUCCGGGGGGAGGGGACAGGCCUUCCUUUCCGCGGCGGCGGGGCGGUGCUCAGUGACGUCACAGAGGGGACGCCACCAGGCCCCGCCCUCCACAUUCCAACGUGCCGAGGGAGUGAGGUAAACAAGGCCCCGCAGCCCCGCCCGCCGCGGCCCAGCAGCUUCCAGAAGGGCCGCGCGCGGGGUAGCGAGGCGGGGCCGCCCACAGCAGUGGCGCAGCAGGAAUUGCCGCCCUCCCGCCGCACUGCGGGAGGGGUGAUGCCCCUGUUUAUUUUUGCCCGGGCGGCUCAUCCUCUCCGGCUGCCCGAGCGCGGCCGCUCCCCGCCCUGGCCCCGGCCCCGCCUAUAAAAGGCCGCCUGCGGGGGGCUGAGGAUGCAGCUUUACAGCUCCGUGAUCACCCACUACCCGGCAGCGGGGGGGACGGCGGCGGCGGCGGCGGCGGCGGCAGCAGGCGGGGCGGGCGUUUUCAAAGUCUCCCUGCCGGCGGGGCCCCCCUCUCCGGACGCAGCGGGCCAAAGCCCGGCCGCCGAGAGCCCCGCUAAGGAGAGUCUGGUGCCCGGAGGCAGCGGAGCCGCCAUGACUGCCUUCUCCUCCUGCCUAGAGCUGAUGCCCGGCGGGCCCGCGGCGGGCCCGGGCGGCAGGCAGGCGGCGGCCCCGCAGUACAGCUCUAGCGCGCAGAUCACCGUGAGCCGCAGGAGGCCGCUGGAGAGGAUCGUGCCCAUCCGCAUCGUGCAGCGCCCCGAGCCCCCCGUCGAGCUGGCCCCGGCCUCUCCGCAGAGCCGAGCCUGGCUCGAGGGCAUCCUGGAGAGCAUGAGACAGGCCGGCGGGGAGGCGGAGGCCGCCGCAGCCCCGCACCGCCCGGAGGAGCCCAGCAACCACAGCCUCCGCCUCAGCGAGCACUGCCAGGCUCUGCAGGCGGCGGCCAGCGCCCAGCCCGGCCCGGCCGCCACCUGCGGCGGCGAGGAGAGCAGCGGCCAGGCCCUGCCCCUGCCCUGCUCCCCGCUAGCGGAGGAGGAGGGCCCCAGCCCGAGGAGGACGCCGGAGCGGAGUGAGAAGCUGGCUCUGUACCUGGCCGAGGUGGAGAAGCAGGACAAAUACCUGCGGCACAAGAGCCGGUUCCGCUUCCACAUCAUCCCUGAUGGAAACUGCUUGUACCGCGCCGUCUGCAAGGCGGUGUACGGGGACCAGCGGCUGUACAGCGAGCUCCGCGAGCAGACUGUGCACUACAUCGCGGACCACCUGCACCAUUUCAGCCCCAUCAUCGAGGGCGAUGUGGGCGAGUUUCUCAUCGGCGCCGCCCAGGAUGGCGCCUGGGCCGGCUACCCUGAGCUCUUGGCCAUGGGGCAGAUGCUGAACGUAAACAUUCAUCUCACCACGGGCGGCAGGCCAGAGAGCCCCACCGUCUCCACCAUGGCCCACUACCUGGGCCCUGAGGACCCGGCCCGGCCCAGCAUCUGGCUGAGCUGGCUCAGCAAUGGGCACUACGACGCUGUGCUGGACUGUGUGUGUCCCAACCCGGAGUACGAGGCCUGGUGCAGGCAGACUCAGGUGCAGCGGAGGCGGGACGAAGAGCUUGCCAAAUCCAUGGCCAUGUCGCUGUCUAAGAUGUACAUCGAACAGAACACCUGCUCCUGAGACUGCCUAGUCUAGGGGCUCAGAGCCCUACUCCAGGUCAAGAGAGACAGUUUGCAUCGGCCAUGGUGAUGAUGCCUUAAUCCUUCGUAAAGCGGCGGUGCCGGAGACUGAGGAGCCUCCCUACAAUAUUAAACUGGGAUGGGGGGGGGGCGAGAAAUCCAAACUUGUAUUUGUAAUAUUCUCUUGCAUAAAGUUAGCCCUGGAUUGUUUGGAAGCGGUUUCUCCAUGUAUAUUUGUUGGGGGGGGGGGGUUUCCAGUUCUCUAUUUUCUAGAAGAAUGUAUUUUUUGCACAUUAUUUUUUUAAACUGUUACCUCCAUCUCCUACAUCUCAUGUUGGCAUCUGGUUUUCAGCUGUGCAGCCAAAAAAGUUUGUAAGAGGUUUAUUUUGUAAAUAAGGUUUAUGAUAUAACAGUUGUCUUUGUGUUUUGCUGUGAUUUGACCCAUACAACUUAAGCAACCUAAUGAAAUUGGUGUUGGCCAGUUUGAGUAGUAGUUGUACCGACUUUCCCUGAUUGAUGGAAAGUAAAUAAACUUUAGCUUAAACCAUGGUUUGCAUAAAAGUUCAGAAAACUUUUAAAUAGCUACUUCAAAAAGUUUUUGAUUGCCUCAAGCACAGAACAAGUCUUAUAAGCCAGUUGGAAUGUAGCUAUUCAUGAAUGGUACAGGGAGCAAUUGUGACUCUUCUGUAUUUAAUUACUGCUUAGAGUAAAUUGGCCUCUGGUUGCUUGGGUGACUCACCCAUUGUUCCAUUUAUUUUUAUUCAAUUGUAAUAAUAGAAAUUUAAUAUAGAAUGUUGUGAUAAGAUAAUAGUUUGUAGCUUUGGCAGGAAUUGGCUGUAUCUCAGUAUUUGGGUUUCUGAGGGGUUUUUGUUAAAUGCCUUUUCUUUGCCCCUUGGCACUUGCAUUGCAUCAGCAGGCUGUUAUCACAACAUUUUACUCCUUUUGAUGGUUUUUUUUUUUUUUUUUUCUUCUUCUUCUUCUUCUAAUCAAGAAUAUAAUGCACUGUCCUAUGUUAUGUAAAAAGUAUUUAAACCGAGACUUGUAUGGUUUGCUGGGUCAAACAUUAAAUGUUUCCAACCUGAGAGCUAUCUUCUUUAAUCUCCUGUUAACUUUAAUUUGUUAGACAUAUUUAUUAAGUAAUGCAGUUUGUACUUUUUUAUUUUGUAAUAUUUUGUGAUUUUUUUUGAAUUACUACUGUACUUGUAUAAUAGGAAUAUUCUUAGCUAAAAUUGAAUGAAUAAAGUGUAUAAUUUUA